CAUUCAUUCACUCCUUCUUACACUCACAGUCAAAAGUCAAACACCAAAUCCAAAUCCGAAGAAAGCAAAAUCUGUGGAACCAUUUCAUUUCAUUUCCCGCCAUGGCAGACAACAGAAAACGGCGGCGGACGGAGUCCACCGGCGACGAGCUUCCCUUCAAGAACAAGUUGAAGUCAGACUCAGCGAUCCUCGAAACCCUCAAAGACUUCUCAACUGCAUCUUCAUCCUUCUCCUCCUCCGCUGCUGACAAAACCCUAACCCUCCAAGACCUAUCCCUCCCCUUCUCCUGCCGCGAGGUUGCGGACCUCUCCCUCUCCUCCGUCCAAUCCAACAUCGAGUCUCUCAUUCUCAAGAUCGCACACUCCAUUCUCUCCGGCCACGGCUUCUCCUUCGACGUUCCAUCUCGCUCCGCUGCCAACCAGUUCUACGUCCCCCAACUCGACCGCAUUGUCCUCAAAGACAAAUCUUCCCUUCGCCCCUUCGCCAACAUCUCCACCGUUCGCAAAUCCGCUAUCACCGCCCGCAUCCUCCAACUCAUCCACCAACUCUGCAUCAAAGGCAUCCACGUCACCAAGCGUGACCUCUUCUACACCGACGUCAAACUCUUCCAGGACCAGAUUCAAUCUGAUGCUGUUCUUGAUGAUGUUUCGUGCAUGCUGGGAUGCACUCGGUCCAGUCUCAAUGUUGUGGCUGCGGAGAAAGGGGUGGUUGUAGGGAGGUUGAUUUUCAGUGACAAUGGGGAUAUGAUUGAUUGCACGAAGAUGGGAAUGGGUGGGAAAGCGAUUCCGCCCAAUAUUGAUCGAGUUGGGGAUAUGCAAAGUGAUGCUCUGUUCAUUCUGUUGGUGGAGAAGGAUGCUGCUUAUAUGAGGUUGGCUGAGGAUAGGUUCUACAACCGGUUUCCAUGCAUAAUUGUUACGGCGAAGGGGCAGCCUGAUGUUUCCACGAGGCUGUUCUUGAGGAAGAUGAAGACGGAGUUGAAGCUGCCGGUGCUGGCUCUUGUUGACAGUGAUCCCUACGGGUUGAAGAUUCUGUCAGUUUAUGGAUGUGGGUCUAAGAACAUGUCCUAUGACAGUGCUAACUUGACGACCCCUGAUAUCAAAUGGCUUGGGGUUAGGCCUAGUGAUCUGGACAAGUACAAGAUACCUGAGCAGUGUAGGUUGCCCAUGACUGAGCAGGAUAUUAAGACUGGGAAGGACUUGCUGGAGGAGGAUUUUGUCAAGAAGAAUCCUGGUUGGGUCGAGGAAUUGUCAUUGAUGGUCAAAACUAAGCAGAAGGCUGAAAUACAGGCUUUGAGCACCUUUGGUUUUCAGUAUCUGUCUGAAGUUUAUUUGCCCUUGAAAUUGCAGCAGAAGGAUUGGCUUUGAGUCUUUGACCUGUGAGUAAUGUCAUGUGUAAGAUUUAAGAUGCUUGGUGUCACUUUUUGGUCUAACAGCAAAGUGAAAUCGUGUCACCAAUUUACAGUGGAAUGUGGAUGAAUUUCAAAUUAUCGUUCAUUGAAAAUUGUUUGAUAAACUUUGUUCAAAAAUUGUGCCUAUGGGUCUAUGUUUUAUCAAACUGAGUUUUUAAUUUAAUGCCUUAUUGUGUAUUCAUCGUAUACUUGCUCUAGUAAAUUGAGGACCAAUCUUAUCAAAUUCCAAGACCUUAAU